AAAAACUAAAAAUAUAAAUUUCAUUUUCCUUGUUCCCAAACACCAGAUCUACCCUCAAUUCCCACCAAAAAACUGUCUUUCCAGACAAUUCCGUUACAUUCCCUCCUUAUCUUUUCUUCAAACAAACCCCCAAGAAACCCAAAAUUCUUUCAUUUUCUUUUGUUUUUCAUUUAAUUUAAAGUUAUUAUGUGAUGUCGGGUUCUCAAGCUCCGGAGCAGUUAAAGCAAUCCAUGCAGCAGCAACAGCAAGAUCAGCAAAAUCAACAGCCACUAAAACGACAGCCACCUUUCUCUAUGAAGCCGCCGUUUAUGGCUCCUGGAGGCGACUAUCACCGCUUUGCUUCAACUGAGCCUCGCCGCAUCGCCGAUCAAGAUGCCGAAGCCAUCGUCUUUAAGUCUCCCUUAAAGAGGAAGAGUGAUGUAGCAGAUCGAGAAGUUGAGUCUGGUGAGUGGGCAAUGCCUCAAGGAUACACUGAAGUGGUUAGCAGUCCUCUUCAGACACCUGUAUCAGGAAAAGGGGGAAAGGCUCAAAAAACAUCAAGGCUAACAAAAAGCAGUAAAUCUGGUGCUCAAACACCUGCUUCAAAUCUUGGUUCUCCUGGCAAUAAUCUCACUCCUGCAGGUCCCUGUCGUUAUGACAGCUCCUUAGGGCUUUUGACUAAGAAAUUCAUCAAUUUGAUUAAACAAGCUGAAGAUGGUAUUCUGGAUUUAAAUAAAGCUGCUGAUACCUUAGAGGUGCAAAAGAGGAGGAUAUAUGACAUAACCAAUGUCCUUGAAGGAAUUGGUCUCAUAGAAAAGAAACUCAAGAACAGAAUUCAGUGGAAGGGGCUUGAUGUCUCAAGUUCAGGGGAAGUUGAUGAGAACGUUGCUACUUUGCAGGCAGAGGUUGAGAACCUUUCUUUUGAGGAACGCAGAUUAGAUGAACAAAUAAGAGAAAUGCAAGAAAGAUUAAGAGACCUCAGUGAAGAUGAAAAUAAUCAAAAGUGGCUUUUUGUCACCGAGGAAGAUAUCAAGAGCUUACCCUGCUUCCAGAAUGAAACACUGAUAGCUAUUAAAGCUCCACAUGGAACCACUCUGGAAGUCCCCGAUCCUGAUGAGCUGGCUGUUGACUACCCCCAGAGGAGAUUCAGGAUUGUCCUCAGAAGCUCAAUGGGUCCAAUAGAUGUUUACCUUGUCAGUCAAUUUGAGGAGAAAUUUGAAGAGAUACAAGGUGUAGAUCCACCAGCAAACUUUCCAUCAACUUCAGGCUUGAAUGAGAACCCAGCAACAACAAUGGUAACGGAGGAGAGCAGAGGAAAGGAGAUUGAAAUGCAGGGUCAAGACAUUAAUGGAAUGUGCUCAGAUCUUAAUGUCUCACAGGACUUUGUGAGUGGGAUCAUGAAGAUUGUUCCCUCAGAAGUUGAUAGUGACGCCGAUUAUUGGCUUUUAUCAGAUCUUAGUGUUAGCAUCACUGACAUGUGGCGGACUGAACCUGGGGUCGAAUGGAACGACUUUGAUACACUUCAUGAGGACUAUGGCAUGGCUGCCGUUAGCACGCCAUGUCCCCAAACGCCUCCAUCAAAUGCCACUGAAGUGCCUUCAGCUGAUUCAACCGGGAGGUGAAAGGCAUAUUUACAUGUCUGAAUGUGUUAGCAUUCCUGAUGCUUGGGAGAUUGGCAUGAAGGUUGGCAAAAGUUGGCUACUUGGAUGCUCCUCAAAGUUGGAGGAACUAAAGAAAAGUAGCUAGCAGUCACUGUACAGUUAAGUAAUACAAAUGAUCCACGUGAUCUUGUAGUAAAUAAGGUCAUAUUUGAUCUGAGUUAAUACUCCCUGUAUAUUAUCCCAUCUCUGUUGCUUUGUAUUGCAUCCACCAGCACAUCUCAUUAGAUUCACUGGCAUAGGAUCUUAUAGACAUCAUGUAAUGAAUGGCAAACAAAUGUACCUUGUUUUUACUGUACUGCGAAAAUUUUUAUGAAAUAAAGAUGUUGUGACUUACAUGAGAUAUUCAAUUCAUGGCAAUUAACCCGAUUUCAAGUACAUUGAAAUCAACCAAAAUCUUUUUCUGAAGCUACAAGAAAAACUCUAAAUCUCAAUGGGAAACACCAGAGAAAAGUUCAAC